AUGUUCUAUAUGUGGCAAAAGCCGAAUACCGAAUGUGCUCAAGCAUAUCCAUCACAAGCCGGUUGUUCAUCAAUAUCAGGGAGCUCAGUGGAAAACCAUUGUGGUGUAAGUGUGACGAGCACGACUACUACUACUGUCACUCAAACGGUUCUGGUGGGGGCAACGACUCAGACGUUGGCUGAGCAAGCUCCUUCCAGUUCUACAACAGCCGCCACUGGAAUACCGCUCUGCUCGUCAUCUUUUGCAACUGUUGCCCAGAGUUCUUUGUCCGGUGCACCGGCGUCAACGUCAACAGCAUCAGAGACGAGCCUAAUUACACUUCCAGGCACUAUUGCCACCACCAAAACCCUCAGUCUUGUAUCGGCUAGCGCAACAACCGCAACUGAUUGUCCAGCUACCACUUUAUCCAGCAAGAUUGCACAAAAACCUCCUCAUUCGUCUUCGUCGUCAGCGGGCAUCAUUGCCGGAAGCGUCAUCGGCUCUGUGGCUGGCUUGGCCCUUCUCGGUCUCCUCAUUUCAUACUGUUUGAAGCGCAAAGCUCGCCUCAGGCUCAAAGUGAAACGAAAGGUAGAGAAGAGCGACAGCCAGACAGAAGCAGCCCUAGAGGCCCUGGACCACGUGACACAGGAGCGAGAUCGUGCCCUGCGGCAAUUACAGAGGUAG